UGGAAUAUUACUGAGUACGGCGUUAAACAACAAACAAACAACAAACAGUCGAUAACGUCUCACAAUACCAGCUGACGCAACUAAAUAUGCCACGCUCGGUGUGUUAAACGUCUCCGUAUUGCUUCAGCUGUACAGACAAUUUCGUCAGUUGCUACACGUUGUUUACAAACAUUGAACCAGUAGGCGGUACUAGCUGUUUCAGGAAGUGUGACUGUCACUAACCAAUCAGAGAGCGUCUGACCGGCGUGCUAGCCAAUCGAUGUAUGCCACGCUGCUUAGAGGUGUGUUGUGUGGAGAACUCGUCGCAUUAAGGCUCAGCUUAUUGAGGCUGCUGUUUAUUCAUUGUUGACAAUGAAUUUGUAGAAAUAACCGUGGCGUUACGUUUGUGAUCUAAUAUCUUUGGAGAAAACGCACAGAUGAUGCAAGUACGAAGCAGCAGUCACCACCAUCUUCAGUUGUGUUUCAUUCGCAGAGAAUACAAGAAGCUGUUACUGCGAGCUACCUGAAGGUAACAGCCACAUGUACGCAGAGGCUAUGUGCGUGGCGCUGUUGCUAGGGGCAACAUGCAGUCCCGUGCAAGCAGUUACAAACAGUGAAACACCCUCCACUAACGACAACACCGAGAAGUUACGAACUGUAAUAGCAAUAGAUUUUGGAACAGACUAUACCUGUGUAGCUGUGGGUGAGAACGAUCAUGUUGAGAUCAUCCCCAAUGAACAGGGGAACAGGAUAACCCCCUCGUAUGUAGCGUUCACCCCGGAUGGGGAGAUACUGAUCGGAGACGUCGCCAAGAACCAAAUGACCACAAACCCCGAGAACACCAUCUUUGACGUCAAACGUCUGAUUGGUCGCACCUGGGAUGACCCGUCCGUGCAGCGCAAUAUACAACGAUAUCCUUUCAAGGUAAUACACAAGGAAAACAAUCCGUACAUAGAAGUCAGAGUUGGGUCAGAGGACAAGGUGUUCGCUCCCGAGGAGAUCUUGGCCAUGUUGUUGUCGAAGAUGAAGGAGAUAGCAGAGAACUACCUUGUAGAAAACGUCACCCACGCCAUCGUCACCGUCCCUGCCUUCUUCAACGACCUCCAAAGGAUGGCAACCAAAGACGCCGGCACCAUUGCUGGGAUGAACAUUCUACGUGUCAGCAACGAACCAAAUACGUUGCACCAUACCCAUUAUUCAUCUAUCGACCAGAUCUGCUGCCUCUAUAGCGUACGGCCUUGACAAGUUAGAUGGAGAAAAGAACGUACUGGUGUUUGACUUGGGAGGGGGAACGAUUGAAGGGUCAAUCCUAACCAUCGACAAUGGCGUUAUCGAGUUGGUGGCCACCAAUGGCGACACGCA